UUUUAUAGCAAUAGAUAAAGAGAUACAUAAUGUCGUACCAAGAAUACUUAAAUGGCCAUUACAUUCUAAACUUUGUUGCAUCUUUUAUGUUUGUUUUGACUCGCUCAUUCGAACCACUAUGUUGGAUAUUAUAUGAUCCUAAUGAUGAUGGUCAAUGUACAUAUGAUUGGAGAGAUACUGAAAUACUAAUGUUUACUGGAAUAGUUCUUAUGAUGAAAAAUCGUCGUUGGAAACCUUUAAGUAAUAAAGAGUACAUUUCCAACUUUUUUAUAUUUGCUAAAACUACCAACAUACUAUUGUUUAUGCGUCACGAUAUUCGCUAUGGUAUCUUAUAUAUUUUAUUUUGUUUGGUUUUGUUUAUUGGUUUUCCAGAGCCUUCAUAUAAAGGACCUGAUAAAAUAAAAUUUUUUCGCGGUCAAGCCCUUGAUGAAGAACUUUAUCAUAAUCCAGAAAAAAUUAUGCUUGUUGAAUUUUAUGCUGCGUGGUCUCCACCCUGUACCAGGUUUUCUGGAACUUUUGCUAACCUUUCAUUAAAGUAUAGUAAUGAUUUUUUUGAGUUUGGUAAACUUGAUGUAACUAGAUAUGAAAAAAUUGCUGAGAAGUAUUGUGUUAAUCAUUCUGUCACAUCUAAAGCGUUACCAACUCUUAUAUUGUUUGUAAAUGGAAAAGAAUCAAUGCGAAGACCUCAAAUCAAUGCUAAAGGAACUGCAAUCCCUUAUAUUUUUAAUGAAGAAAACAUUAUUCGUGAUUUUGAAUUAAACGAAAUCUACAACAAAACUAAGUUGAAAUUAUCAAAAGUUGAAACUAAAAAAUCUUCUUAAUGUGGUACCUCAAGCUCCAUUAAUAAUAGUCAUGCCAUAAAUAUUGCACUGAUUUGCAAGCUUGCUAGCUAGCUUAUAGAAAGAACGUUUGUUGAAAUGUUAAUUUGCUUUUUACACUAUCUUUAUAGUGUUCGCAAUAUUUUUAUUGUUAUUUUUUAAAGAUUUAAAAAAAAAAAUUUAUAAUUUUUUUUUAA